AUGUGGAGCAAACAUCGACUAUUACUAGUGGUAGUUGGUAUUCUCUUCCACUUCUUUUACCUAUGGUCGAUAUUUGAUAUCUAUUUCGUGUCACCUCUGGUACAUGGCAUGAAGCCGUUCCGCAGCACCGAAGAACCCCCCGCCAAGCGUUUGUUUCUGAUUGUGGGAGAUGGAUUGAGGGCCGAUACCACGUUCGACGAAAUAACACACCCCAUAUCGGGGGAAACUGCGCACUUGGCGCCUUACAUCAGGUCAUUGGUGGAACGGAAUGCCACUUACGGAGUCUCGCAUACCAGAAUGCCGACUGAGUCGCGGCCUGGUCAUGUAGCCAUGAUUGCCGGCUUUUACGAGGACGUCAGUGCGGUGACCAAAGGCUGGAAAGAGAACCCUGUGGACUUUGACAGUUUUUUUAACCAGUCAAGGCACACGUACUCUUUUGGAUCUCCAGAUAUUUUGCCAAUGUUCAAGGAUGGUGCCUCGGAUCCGAAUAGGGUGGAUGCUUGGAUGUACGGGCAUGAGUACGAAGACUUUACACAAUCGUCCAUCGAACUAGAUGCGUUCGUCUUUGACAAGCUGGACGAUCUUUUUUAUAAUGCUAGUGUAAAUUCACAUUUGCGCAAAGACAUAAUGGAAUCUGGCAAUGUUUUUUUCCUUCAUCUUUUAGGUUGUGAUACAGCUGGCCAUUCUUACCGUCCAUACUCCGCAGAAUAUUACGACAACGUGAAGUACAUUGAUCAGCAACUGCAGAAGCUUGUCCCACGAGUUCAUGAAUUUUUCGGUGAUGAGGAAACUGCUUUCAUUUUUACUGCGGAUCACGGAAUGAGUGCUUUUGGAUCUCACGGAGACGGACAUCCAAACAACACGAGAACUCCGCUAGUUGCUUGGGGACCAGGCAUUAACAAGCCUGUCACGAUGGAAAUACCUGUUUUUGAUAACUAUACUGAAGGCUGGAAUUUGUCGCAUAUCCGGAGAAAUGACGUAAAGCAAGCCGAUAUAACAUCGUUAAUGUCAUAUCUCAUUGGUGCUAACUAUCCCGUUAACUCGGUGGGCGAAUUACCUUUGGCAUACAUCGAUGGAUCUGAAGAGAAAAAAUUGAGGGCACUUUACGCCAACGCCAAGAGUAUUUUGGAACAGUACCUAGUAAAAGAACAGGAAGUCAUUGAGUCCCAAUUCACAUUCAAACAAUAUCCUCCUUUUGCUAUUAAGCCACCUUCGCAGUACAAGAAAGAAAUCGAGGAGCUGAUUCAUAAAGUGUCAAUGGGAGAACUAGUUUGGGAACAUGCAGCCAUAGAUUUAACUGAGGAACUGUUAACCAAGACGCUAGAGGGUCUCUACUACUUGACCACCUACAACAGACAGUUUACCAGGUCUAUUGUGACUCUUGGAUUCGUGGGGUGGAUCACUUACUCGUUCAUUCUUUUCUUGAGGUUGUUCAUAUUGAACAAAGAGUACAAAUUAAAAGGGUCCGCUCUCAACUACGCCGCCUUUGGUACUCUUUCAAUAGCAUUGAAUUAUGUUCUCUACUAUCAAGGCUCUCCAUUCAAUUUCUACAUGUAUUUGCUAUUCCCACUAUAUUUCUGGAAUCAAAUAAUCAAGAAUAGAGUUAUUUUGAUUGAAGGGAUUGAUGAGUUCUUUAAAGGCAUUACCACGAGCAAAAAAAUUGGCGUUGUUUUGGCAGUACUCGCUGUUUAUGAAAGUAUCGUUUACGGGUUUUUCCACCGCUGGAUCUUCACUGCGAACUUUAUCGCUUUAGGGUUUUAUCCGCUCGCUUGCAAUGUUACAAGUGUACGUCAAAAUCUGCUUUGGAUGCUCACCAGCAUGUGUAUCUCUGUUUUCACAUUGUUUGAUGCUGUCAAAACAGAGAGCUUGAGCCAGAUCAAUGUGGCGGGCCUGCUGAUUAUUGUCAGCGGCCUCUGGGGGAUUUAUUCUGUGCGCACCAGUAUUCAGCGCCAUACUUUGAACCUUUUAUUGCUUCAAGUGACGCUUAUCAUUGCUAUGUUGGCGAUUACAAACAAGUCUGUGAUAUCUUUACAGAAUAGAGAGGGUUUGCCAAGAGAUUCGCAAAUCGCAGGUUGGCUCGUAUUUGUGAUAUCCUUAGUUGGAAUGCCAAUAUGCCAUUAUUUGAAGCCAAACAACGAUUACAAGGUCAGAAUGCUGGUGAUAUAUCUCACUUUUGCACCUUCUUUUAUCAUUCUGACCAUCUCAUUCGAAUCCUUCUUUUAUUUUCUCUUCACUGCGUAUAUCGUCCAAUGGAUCGAAGUCGAAUCCACAAUCAAGUCGCAUAAUGAUAUUACUGCAGGGCCCCGGAACUGGCUGCAGCUGCUGCGGGUCUCUGUGAUAGGGUUUUUCCUAUCCCAGGUAGCAUUUUUCGGGACCGGUAACGUUUCUUCAAUUUCUUCAUUUUCACUGGAUUCUGUUUACAGGCUGAUGCCAGUUUUUGAUCCAUUUCCUAUGGGUGCAUUGUUGAUGAUAAAGUUGAUCUUGCCAUUCAUCACACUGUCGACGGGCCUUGGAAUACUAAAUUUAAAGCUGCAGAUAAGAGACUAUAGCGUUUCCUCCCUGAUUAUCUGUACCAGUGAUAUUCUUUCCCUACAAUUCUUCUAUCUACUGAAAACCGAAGGUAGUUGGUUGGACAUUGGCGUUACGAUUUCGAAUUACUGUUUAGCCAUUCUGUCGUCGCUCACCAUGCUUCUAUUAGAGUUUAUCAGUCAUGUGCUGCUCCGUAACGUUGCCCUUCACGAAGCUGAUAAGCUCAAGAAAAUGCAGUGA